GCGGGAACAUUAAAAAAACACACAAGCAAUGAUAACACCGAUCAUUCGAUAUUAGACUGUUUUUGUGGAGCAAUUACCGUAUAGAUUGUAAAGUAUACCGAAGAUAGAACAUUAAGAACAUCUUGUGAAUAUAAUUAAUAGCGUGUGCUGAUACGAAAAUGUUAAAUGCACUAGGGGUGAUUGUAUCCGGUCGACUAGUUCAAACAGAUUUCCAGCAGAUAAGUGAGUCCCAUUUCCUUAUUACCAUUCCGGAUGCGGAUAAUGUAAACCAUGUGGUGGUGUUCCUGACGGGUACCAUUCCAUUCCCGGAAGGUAUGGCCGGCGGAGUUUAUUUCAGUUGGCCCGAUCCAAAUGCACCACCGAACUGGCAGCUGCUUGGGUACAUUUCCAACACGAAACCAUCGGCAAUCUUUAAAAUAUCGCAGCUCAAGAAGCUAGACGAAAUUACCGGCCAGACUACGAUGAUGAACAAUGUGUUUGGUAGCAAUCUUCCGAUAUCACACAUUGCACAAAUCGGCGUGUCCAUCGAGCCGGAAAGCUCGCUUGUACAGCAAACCCCCUCGACGACCACGUCGAGCACCUACUACCAGUUCGGUCAGAAGAUACUGGAGAACUUUUUCAACUUUGUCACCAGCUUCUCGGUGACGCAAAGCCAAAUGACACCGGCACCAAAUGAAACGUUUGUCCCCCUGUCGACGAUACAAACGUGGUACACCAACUUCGAGCGUAGAUUGCAGCAAAAUCCAAACUUUUGGAAAAAUUAAAACCAUUUCAGGCGAACGAGUGUACUGAUUUCCAGCGUUCGAAAUGGCCUUAUGGGGAAGUUGGUCUAGAAGAAGAUCAUUCGCAUCGUGCUCUUCUGAAGUCACAUGUACCGAUUUCCAACGGAACUGGUUUUAAUCAUCUUAGGUAUUAUCGCAAACUUUUGUAAACGUUCAUUACUGCAUCAUAAAAUUGUAAGGCUUUUGUGUUGUUUACAGUACUCA